AUGAGUGUCAACGCAUAUGAGGAUAUUAUUUUAGGAUCAUUAGCACAAUAUCUUGACUUAUCAAAUAAAAUCGGUGACGAUGUUGCAAAGCAUGCAGAAUUUGUGAAGAAAGCAUUCGAUGAACAACUUAAAUAUGUGACAAUGGCAAGUCAAUCAUCGGCACCGAAUCAAAGCGAACUUCCAAAACUUCUCCAACCAACUUCCGACCAAAUUAAUGCUAUUCAGACUUUCCGCGAGAAAAAUCGCACUUCUAAAUACUUCAAUCAUUUGUCAGCAAUCAGUGAGAGUGUUCCGGCACUCGGAUGGGUUUGUGUGUCACCAACUCCUGGACCACACGUAAAGGAAAUGAAUGAUGCAGGACAAUUUUAUACGAAUCGUGUAUUGAAGGAAUGGAAGGAAAAGGACAUAACUCAUGUAAAUUGGGCCAAAGCAUGGAUUCAAACAUUAACGGAAUUGCAACAAUAUAUUAAGCAAUAUCAUACGACUGGAAUCGUUUGGGCUGGAAAGUCAAAACCUGCUGUAUCAAAUGGAUCUGCUGCGCCACCACCUCCUCCUUUAUCUGGACUUCCCCCACCCCCUCCAAUGCCUGUUUUUAAUCCAGCAGAUGCAGCAGCAAAUGAUGACCGUAAUGCACUUUUUGCACAAAUCAAUAAAGGAGCUGAUAUCACAAAGAGUUUAAAGAAAGUCACGUCUGAAAUGCAAACACAUAAAAAUCCGGGAUUAAGAUCCGGUCCAGCGCCUUACAAAGGACCAGCUCCAUUUAAACCAGCGAUUGCCGUCAAGCCUGUUAAAGCUCCCGCUGAUAAACCACCAGUUUUUAAUCGUGACGGCAAAAAAUGGAUUAUUGAGCAUCAAAAGAAUAAUCCAAAUCUCUUAAUCGAAAAUGCUGAGAUGAAUAAUGUCGUCUACAUGUUCAAGUCUGAAAAGAGCACAUUGACUGUGAAAGGAAAAAUUAAUUCAAUCGUAAUCGAUUCAUGCAAGAAAUGCUGCGUUGUUUUUGACAACUUGGUAUCAUCCGUUGAAUUUGUGAAUUGUCAGAGCGUUCAAAUGCAGGUUCUCGGUAAAGUUCCUACAAUUUCAAUUGAUAAGACCGAUGGAUGCCAAAUGUAUUUAUCUAAAGAUUCAUUAAAUGUUGAGAUUAUCAGCUCUAAGUCAAGCGAAAUGAAUGUUCUGCUUCCGACUCCAUCGGGAGAUGAUUAUGUUGAGCAAGCAAUACCGGAACAAUUUAAAACUGUAGUCAAUGGAAAUACAUUGCAGACAUCAUGUAAUGAAUCUUUAGGUUAA